CAUCUUGAUACCCUGGACCAGUUUCUAUCAGAACCGCUCGUCAAUUGUCAUAAAGGCUUCGACUGAUUGAUGCGAAAGAUACUGUCAUGAUGACCACAGCGUUUCUAGAUAGCACUCUUCAUGCCGCCAUUGCGAAUAGAUUGGUUCAUUUUCAUACGCUCUUGGAGCUGACCUGGUAGAACGAGUCGGCACCGGAGGUGAACCCGGUAUCUACCAUGACACCCACUGUAUGCACCUUUUGUGAUGCCACAGGGCAUUAUCUACCUUGCGAAGUCCGGCGCCGCGCGUUAUGGACGCCAUUGUCUGGAACAGAGCUGCUCAUGCUUCGACGAAGCCCUUGGUUCUUGGGUAUAUGUAAGAGCUUUGGCUGCUCUUCCGUGGAAAGAUUCGUUUCUGGUACUUCCAGUCAGGUUUCCGAUGGGUUACUCUAUGCGCAUCUUAGACACAACGCGUUGGAUCGGUUGGUAUGUCAGACGAUGGCCACGGCUGGACGCCAUCGUAGAUUUCUGCUUUGCGCCGGGCUGAACUUCCCGUCUCAACGUUAGACUACCACUUUCUCGCCUACUCUCGAAGGAGAUAAGAG